AAAACCCGUCCGAAACGAAUGCCCAGUACCGCCGACGACCUCUCCACACCUUUCUCUCACAAAUUCGAACGCUCAAGACGCUUCCAGUCGACACCGCCCCCGCCGCCGUCUCUCGCCGACGUGCCACCGGAGGCACUCUCCUCGCCUUCAACGCAUCGCCGCUCCCCCUUUGCGCCCCAUGGACUCCUCCCCCGCCGCCGCGCUGUCCGCGCCGACGACGGCCUCCGCCCCGCCGCUCGAUGACUGCCUCCGCCUCCUCCGUGGCGAGCGGGACGAGCAGAAGUUGGCUGGCCUCCUCAUCGCCGCAAACGUCUGCCGCGCCGGCGACGCCGCCGCUGUCGCCGAGGUCUACCGCGCCGUCGGGCCCCGCUUCCUUCGCCGCCUCCUCAACACUGGGUUGGGGAAAGUGGAGGGAGGGAAGGAGGAGGAGCGGGAGGCGUACCUGCGGCUCGCCGUGACUGUUCUAUCUGGGCUCGCGCGCGUACCGGAGGUUGCAGCCGACGAGGGGGUCAUCUCGAUUGUGCCCCUCAUUGCCGAGGUCGUUUCCAAAUCGUCUGAGCUGACAAUUACUGAAGAAUGUUUUGAACUUCUGUCACUCAUUGCAAUAGCCUCCGAAGAUGGGGCAUACAAGUUUUGUGAGCCUGGAGUAAUGGCCAUGCUCUUCAGUCAAAUUAUCAACUUUCCAGAUGGUUCAAGGUGCUCAGAGCUUGCCAUUCAUCUAAUUCAAUUACUUGCUCAUAAACUCAGAGCAGAGAACAUGAGUGUGGAGAAUCUGCAAGGCAUGACAAGCAUGGUGACUUCUCUUGCUACGUUUUUUGAUGCUCUUCAUACAGCAGUUAAAUUUGAAUCACUGCAUAUUCUUACCACCCUCCUUUCCCAAAAAGAAUCUCCACUUCAUGAUGCUUUGAGGUCAAUGCCAUCUGCAAUUUGGCAGUCUCAUAUCCGUGGUGGAAUUAUUGCUGUUCUCCAGAACCGUGUUGUGUCUUCUGAAAAGCUGCAAGCUCUUCUUUUGGCGGAGUGUAUGAUGUCUAUACUGGGUGAGAAUUGGUUGUCAAAAGAUUAUAAAGUCCCAGAUAACGAGAAUGGGAUGCCCAUUGACAAAUUUGUAUUGCUUGUACUAGAAUCCGCAAGAGUUGAAGUUGCUGUUCUUCUAAAUGAACUUGCUUAUUUGAAGUACGAGUCAUCAAAAAGUGAUCAGACAGAUGACGCCAUCAGUCAGAAACAGAGAAAUCUGGCUAUAUUAUUUUCAUUAAUAGAAAGAAUAAUAAAAAUGAUAUCGGAUGCCAGUAGCAGUGAAGGUGCACCAACUCAGACUAUUUGUGAGAGGACUAUCAUGAAGGCAAUUACAGGACUAAAUGAGACAGUCAGUUUAGUGUUAGACUUCAUACAGGAUGCGAAGGAUCAUGGGCAAAGGAAAGGUGAUGAUCUUUUGGCAGCUGUGAGAAUAGUAGGAAGCUAUCUGGCAGAGACACCAUAUGCGUGCAAGGAGAAGACUGAACGUCUAUUGGAAUUUAUUUUUUGUAUUGAAGGUCAAGAUGAAUCAAGCCCCUUCUAUUCUGUGUGCUUCAUGCUUCCAAUGCUAUCUCAAAUAACAACGACGGCUGAUGGAUGCAGAACUUUGGCGUCGUUUGGAGGCUAUAGAACUGUUAUAGACUGCCUUAUUAAAAUGACCGAGCAGAAUGGAAUGAUAAUCGACCAUGGUAGCAUGUUUUUAGCAUGCGAUACCAUCAUAAACUUAAUGUCAAAUAAGAAAAAUGCUCAUAUUUCAAUGGAGCCUUAUUUCGUCCGCCUCUUGGAAGCACUUACUACAUGGGCUGGAACAAUGGAUGCUUCGUCAGUCAUCAUGACAGCCUCCAGCUUAUGCACGAUGGUGAUGGACUUGACAUCAGAAGAUUUUCUCUUGAGCUGCUCUGAUUUUGACUCCAAGACCCUUGAGACUUUGUCUGACCUCAUUGUCAGAAGUUUGCAGCAGGAUAUCCCUGACGAUGACGGGGAACAGUUGAACCAAAAGCAAACCAUUAUAUCGGGUUAUAAGCGGUGGGCUGAUCGAUUUCCACGUGUUAAAAAUGUUGUAAACCGGAAUGUGUCUGUCUGAUCUUCAACUAUCUAUACCCAAAAGUUGUGUUCUCUCUUGCAAAUGAAAAUAUGCAUAUGGGAACCUUCAGUCCAAGCAUGCCAUUGCAUCAAGUUUAUCUGAGGCUGGUCAUCAUUGGCAAUUCUUUAUUUACAUGUGACACGAUCACCUGCUGGGGCGUGACCAUGUUACUAAUACCUCAAAUGGCAGCUACUGGUUCUUCUAUGUAAAGUCUGACGCCCUGACAUGAAUACCCUGAUAAGGGCAAGCAGGAUGGCAUCUGCGUGUUUCACAACUACAGGAAGCAAGUGUCUGCGAUGCCGAUAGCAUCUCAGUCUGUUUUAUCUGUCAUUUUGCACAGAACACACAUUUCUAGUGUAAUGAUGGUAUCUUACCUGAUAGGUUCACGGUGCAGCAAACAGUCUUUGUUGUUUAUUUGCAGCUCCGCCCAUAUGAUUGUUGUUCUGUUUCAGCUGCGCACAUGCCAGGAUCAGUUCUAGGAGUAAUAAAGAGCUAUCUCCAUUCUUCCCUCAAAAAAAGAAAAGAGCUAUCGCCAUUCUCCAGGUUUUUCGUGAUGUAUAUUGUUUCUUAUUUGCACGAGGUGCGCCCAUGUGAUUAUUUGUUUCGGAUAAGUACAUGGGUUAUAUGUAGUUUCGGGUCAGUUCUAAUAAAGAACGUUGUAGCUCUGUCAAGGA